AUGUAUCUCUCACCUGAUAGUGUUGAAUCACGACCGAACAAUCUUCUGGAAGCCUAUUUCAAACACCGCGCCGCCCAUAACUCAAUUAACAACAACGAGCUUCUUCUAAAAACCAGUGGAAGAAACCAUAUAGAUCCAGAUUACGAUAUUAUUGAAGCUCGUGAACCUGGAAGCUUUGUGAAGCUUCGCGACGAAAAAGGAUGGUCCGGUUUAACACAGCCAGUGUCUCCACAUCGAGAUGAAAUGAGAGCGUCUUCCAUGAUUCAGCAUCUCCACGGCUACAGUAAACGACUGGCCGGUCAUAUCGCUCGUGCUGCUGCUGUUUGA